UUAGCAGCAAUAGCAUGUUCAGACACACCUGCUUUCUUGUUCAGUGGAGGAGCUAACAAAAACAUUCACUUUUGCAUUUCCCAAGUUUUCAAUGGAAUUCUACAGCGAAUAAAUUGCUUCAGUUUUGAUUAUGGUUCAACAGUCGACUUUGCUUUGCAACAAGUAAAUGUGGGUAUUGAGCCCAUCAUUUGCAGGCAGACAUCAGCGGCAUGACUUUUGCAUUGCGCUGGAAAAUGUAUUUGCCGAUCUUUAAGAUUGUGGGAGUAUGACUCGUAUUUACACGUAUGCGACAACCACUGGAUUCGAUUUGGAAGACUACCCUUGAGAUACUAUAUGGGGGGUGGUUUAUUUUGUAUUUUUUGUAUUGUGGCCACGGGUGGCAAUGCCACGUAAUAUAGGCUAUUGAUACACAAAGGAGUUAUUCUUGAUGUGCGUGGAAAGUGGGCGAAAGGACAGGACCUACCGCAGCAAACAUUAAAACGUUAAAGACGUUGUUUAACAAACUUGAUACAUUCAUGAAUGAUAACAAACUGAACUGCUUUGUUUGAAGAAGUCGAUACAUACAAUCUGACACCUGGAAACUACACUUUUCUUUGAGCCGUUCGUCAGCCUUAUAGGUCUCCAUUGUGUGACGUUGUUUUUAGUCAUUGAGCCAUGGAAGAAGAGGGCGAGCCAGUCGUAAACAUCUCGGACGUCGAGCAAUUCCACCAGGAAUCCCCCUCUGAAAACGGAGUCAUGUUGGUUGUAAACCACAGUAACAUUCAACCCCCUUUCAGCGUGGUGUUGGCCACUUUGUUGUAUUGCGCUGAGUUUGUCUGCGCGGCUGUGCUUUGCAACAUGUACCACAAGAGCGAUGACGACACCUGGAUGGGGUUGACCAUCACCUUCAUGUUGGUGCCCGCUGUAUUGACUCAAUUGGCGCUGACAUUCAUUCAUAGAGACCUGGGAAGAGACCGCCCCCUGGUCCUCUUCUUGCAUCUACUUCUCCUGGGCCCACUCAUUAGGUGUUUUGAGGCUCUGAUGGUUUAUUUUAAGGCAGGCAAAAAGGAGGAGCCGUACGUGACCAUCUCCAGGAAGAUCAAGCUGAAGAAAGACCAGGGCACGCCCAUGGAGUGGGAGAUUGGCCACUCAGAGCGCAAGCUGGCCACCCACCGGAACGCCUUCAAACGCACCGCCGUCAUCCAGGCCUUCCUUGGCUCCACCCCCCAGCUCACCCUGCAGCUGUACGCCACCAUCCAGGAGAAGUACUUACUCCCCGUCAGAAUGACUCUGAUGAUUAUCUGCCUCAUCUCCGUCACCUACGGGGCCCUGGUGUGCAGCGUGCUGGCCAUCAACAUCCGCUACGACGACUACAAGGUGCGGCUGCGCCCGGCCGCCUACCUCUGCAUGAUCCUGUGGCGGGUCCUGGAGAUCGCCACGCGCGUCACCUCCCUGGUACUGUUCAGCACGGCGCUCACCUACUGGGUGAUCCCCGUUGGCCUAGGCAACCUUCUUUUCUUCUUCCUGCUGCCCUGGGUCGAAUUCUGGGCACGACGCGCCUCGCUGCCCGACAACGUAGAGAAGAACUUCAGCAAGCUGGGCACCACAGUGGUACUGUCGCUGGUUACCUUCCUGUACGCCUGCAUCAACAUCUUCUGCUGGUCGGCCGUGCAGCUGGACCUGGGCCACCGUGACCUCAUCGAGAAGAAGCAGCGCUGGGGCCGCCUGGCCGCCUACUACGGCGGACGCUUCCUGGAGAACGGCGCGCUCAUCACCCUCUGGUACUUCCACAAGUCGGACUUCUACGAGUACGUGUGUGCCCCGUUGUUGGUGGCUCAGCUGCUCAUCUGCUACAGCCUGGCCGUGCUCUUCAUGCUACUCUUCUACCAGUUCUGCCACCCGUGUCGGCGCCUCUUCAGGCACAACGUGCACGACUGCCUGGCCUGCGUCUGCUGCUGUAUCUGCUGCCGCAGGGGUGGGGGGAGAGAGGGGCAGGGGCAACCCAAUUCCUAUUCCACCACUGCCACCAUGGUGCUGGUGCCAUUGGAGCCACCAGAACUGCAGCCCCCAGACCUAACCAGCCAGCUGGUGGAGCGGGAGACAGCCAUCAUUGAAGACAUAAUGGAGGCGGCUUGAGAAGGACCCAUGUGAUUAUUUGAUGAUAUGGGGUCAUUGCGUGGUGCAGCUACUGAACUAAUGGCUAUGUACACUCAGGACUGUUAUACUGUGAGUGGUGCAGAUGAGUCGGACAGAGCUGCUAGUUCUGCACUGCGGUGCACAGAGGACAAGUUGGUCCCAAGUGGUUAGCUAAGCGCAUUUGAAAUUGGUACCAUGAUUUUAUCGAUUUUCCUCAUUUUAGAAUAACACGUGCAUGCAGAGCUUUGGGCUCAAAAAGAUCAGCUGUGAUAUAGACAAUGUUGCAUCACUGUUGUUGAAUGGGCAUACUGUACAGGUAGAGAGGCAGUGGGCCGCGGGAGACCAAAGAAUAUACUCUGAUAAGAUAUGCCGCCGUGAUGCACAAAGGCAGACUUGAGAAUAGCAGCACGGGGGUCAGAUACAGGGGGGCCAGGUGUGUGGAAACAUGUGGCCUCGGGCCGACUUGCCCUGUAAACUGGGACUUCCCCUGAUUACCGGCGGUUUACUUAAUGAAUAAACCCAACAUGUUGCAUUAGGUCUCUUUCAUCCACACGUCAAAGCCCAUAUGUAACAUGAAGGAAAUGAAAGGUCAGAUGAAAUCCGAGCUACCUUCCUCAAACCCCACUCCACUCACUGUGUAUUUAAUGAAUGGUUUGUAUUAUUAGUACCUGGCCUUUUUUUUUUUUGCCUUUUGCGCACAGUGUUUAAAAGUCAAGCUCAGUGAGUCAUGCCGUGUUCACUUGCUAGUCGGGAACUAGGAAACUCAAAUGUCCAACCUGCUAACCGGUUGAAGGCGGCACGACUUACAAGUUGGACAUUUCAAAGUUUUGUAGUUCCAACUAGCACGUGAACGUGGCAAUAGACAUGGAUCAUUUUAAAGAACAAAUGGGUUAAAGAGACAAUGGAGAUUUUAUGUAAUCACACACAUUGUCAUUGAGAUGCAAUUCACAACUGUUUACGUUCAAUGAUGCCUUACCGGUAGUCUGAGUACCAGUCUCUUUACCUAACGGUCCACUCCUUUUCAUUGCCAAUUGGGAUUAGCUAAAGAGACUGGUACCCAGACUACCUUCAUGGUCCCUUAUGUCUGAAAUAUUAAAGUCCAUUAUUAGUCUGCAGUGUAUGGUCUGUUCAAUGGCAUGUUAAGUGCCUUAACUACUACAUUAUCACUUGAAUAAAAAAGUUAUUGAAUACUAAA